ACAAACUCCGGGUUUAGUCUCUACUUUUCCAGGUUCUCUUAGUUUCUGGUUAAAAAAAGGUACUUGAUGGGUGCCAACUUAUCUGCUGCUGCUGAAAGGGAUGGAGGCGGUCCUCCAUCGAGGCCAAGACUCGGUGACAUACCGGAGAGCUGCGUGGCCUUGAUCUUAGCACAGUUAAACCCACCUGAGAUUUGCAAAUUGGCCCUAUUGAAUCGAUCGUUUUGCAGUGCCUCAUCAGCUGAUUUCAUAUGGGAAUCGAAAUUACCCUCCGGUUACAAGUUCAUUGUGGAGAAAGUACUGCUAGCAGAUACAAGUUUGAUAAAUCUGCAGAAGAAAGAACUUUAUGCCAGGUUGUGCAGGCCUAAUCCCUUUGAUGGUGGCACAAAGGUGAUACGGUUAGAUAAGAACACAGGUGGUGUUUGUUUAUCGAUUUCAUCCAAGGCGUUGACAAUCACCGGGAUCGAUGAUCGGAGAUAUUGGAGUCAUAUCUCCACCGAGGAAUCCAGAUAUCCUACAGUAGCAUACCUUCAACAAACAUGGUGGUUUGAAGUAGAUGGAGAGCUGGAGUUUCAAUUCCCUGCAGGCACAUAUAGCCUGUUCUUUAGACUCCAGCUCGGGAAAUCCUUGAAGAGACUCGGUCGUCGGGUUUGCAACUCCGAGCACAUCCAUGGAUGGGACAUAAAACCGGUCCAAUUCCGUUUAACAAUUUCGGACGGUCAGCAUGCCGUGUCUCGAUGUCAUUUAGACAAUCCAGGGAACUGGGUUCUUUACCAUGUUGGGGAUUUUGUUGUUGGGAACUCUAAUGCAUUGACAAAGAUCAAAUUUUCAUCAACUCAAAUCGAUUGCACUCAUACCAAAGGUGGCGUUUGUGUGGAUGCUGCGUUAAUAUACCCCAGUAGCGUAGGGAAAGAGGUCAAAUCAUGGUCGUGAGAAAAUCCAGAGGUGUAAAUACCGAUCACUUGUAAAAUCGCUUGUUUUCUUGG